AUGGCACCUCAAACCUGGCUCAUCACCGGCGCCUCAUCCGGCUUCGGGGCCAUCCUUGCAGAAGCCGUGCUGAAAGCCGGUCAUCGAGUCAUCGCGACCGCUCGAAACCCUGUCAAGGCAGCGCAGACUUAUCCCCAGAUCGAGUCGUUAGGUGGGACCUGGUUGCAGCUCGAUGUGACCCGACCAAACACAAAGGAAAUAGUCGAGGAGGCCAUCCGGAAGCAAGGACGGAUUGACGUUGUCGUCAACAACGCAGGCUAUGCUCUGCUCGGGAGUGUCGAGGAUAUGAGCGAGGAGGAGAUCCACCAACAGAUCAACACCAACGUCUACGGACCCAUGCGAGUCAUCAAAGCCGCACUGCCGUUUAUGCGUGCCCAGAGGUCCGGUACGAUCGUCAACAUAAGCAGUAUCGCAGGGUUACAGGCUCAGCCUUCGUGCUCACUCUACGCGGCCAGCAAGUUCGCUCUAGAGGGUUUCUCAGAGUCCCUUUCGAAAGAAGUCGCCCCAUUCAAUAUCCGAGUUCUCAUCGUGGAGCCUGGUGCCUUUCGGACGAACUUCCUGUCUGCCUAUGCCACCCCAGCCGCUGGACUGAACCCGGCGUACGAAGGCACGACCAUCGACCAGGUACUACAAGUCUUUCAGAGCAGCAGCGGGAAACAGGCAGGCGAUCCGGUCAAGGCGGUUGAGCGAAUCAUCGAUGUGGUGCAGGGGACCGGUGUGGGUGCUGGCAAGACCGGUUGUCUCCGCUUGCCGUUGGGACGAGACUGCAUCACACGGGCCAAGGUCAAGCUGGACGAUGUGAGAAAGAAUUUGGAUGAGAUGGAGGAUAUUGCCUGCAGCACAGAUUUGUGA